AGAUGUCUCUUUGAGCCGCCCACCCACUCGCCCCGGCUCCCCGCUUCUUCCCCCCAUCGCCUUCCCACAGAAUCCACUUUUCUUUUCUUCUACAACUUCCAAUUCUUACUUUAGUUUGUGCUCCUCUCUAGUCUUAAUCCAACCCUCUUCCUUCGUCCAACUCCCAACCGGCCCUCCGGCCUCAAUCUAUUCUCUCCCAUACGGCACACCACCUUUGCUUUCUUGCCGUCCGCCCUUCAACUGAACAAGCCAGGCACUCCACGGAACCUCCGAGCACAAGCCGAGAAAUUCGUGGAAUCAGUGGGAGAGAAGCCAAGAAAUCCAAGGAGAUCGAGCCGCCGCUGGGUACCGCAAGAAGAAAUACUACAGUAGAGCAGCAGCCAUGGUGAGGAGCAAAGAGGUGCCCAAGAAGCCCAAGGACCCGCUGCUGACCCCUCCGUCAAAGCCCAGGGGUUUCAGGGACGACGGAUUCAGCGGAAGCCUGCCAAGGAACCGCGGCGGCACGGCCAUGUCCCCGGCGCCGGCCUCCGUGCCCAACUACAUGAGGGCCACCAGCAGCUCCGGCGCCAAGGCCGGGCCGCGCGGCGCGGGGGUGCCCUCGUCCGCGACGCCGACGAGGCGGAGGCCGAUUCGGGUGGCGACGAGGGGGAAGGUGCUGUUCCCGGCGGCGGCGGCGGCGCCCCCCGGCAUGGGCCGGGCCACGUGCUCGUCGACCAUGAAGGAUGCCAAGUUCCCCAGCGCGCUCGACCUGGCGCCCGGAGCGACGGACGCCGAGGGCCCCGCGGCGAUGCGGGUGUGCCCUUACACCUACUGCUCCCUCAACGGCCACACCCACGCGCCGGCGGUGCCGCUCCGGAGCUUCCUCGCGUCGCGGCGGCGGCUGAUCAAGACGCAGCAGAGCAUGAAGCACAAGGGCGUCUCCGCGUUCCGCAAGGGUACCGGCCAGCAGAGACCAGAGGAGAAGACCGCCGCCCGCGGUGUUGCUAAGGCCGCGCCUUCGGUCGACGACGAGGCGCUCGGCGAUUUCUUCGUGGAGGUGUACACCGGUCCAAGGCUGAGCUCGGACAUGAGCUGCAGCGACAUGUCUUUGGACGAGAUGGACGCCACGGUGAAGAGGAUGGAGUUCGUUGUCUUUGAUCGUUGCUGCGGCGACGAGGACAACGAGAAGGGGGGCGAUCUCGCUGUUCGUGGGGACGGCGAGCGAAGGCUGGACGAGAGGCUUGGUGUCUGCGGGGACACUUCGUCGGAGUGUAGUGAUGUAGGUAUCUCCGGCAAUCUCGUGGAGGAGUUGCCGUGGAUGAGGUACCAGGGGUACGAGUGUGACAGCUUGGAUGAUGUUUCAGAAGAACAGGGGGCCAUACAUGAUGAGCAAGAAGGUGAAGAUGAAGAGAGCACAUCCGGGGAAUUCAGCGAUGAGCAUGAAGACGAGGUUGGUGAAGAAUCAGAAUCAAAAGAUGAGACAAGCAUCUUGGAUUUACCCUGUGAACCGGGGAUCAUCAUGGAGGAAGAAGGCGUCGAUUGUCGAGUUGAGGCCUCCAAGUAUGGGGAGGGAACGAAUGAAGGCAACAUCAUCUUGGAUCCACUGGAGGCUUCCACAGGUCAGGAGACACAAAAUCCUGCAGACAGUGAGGAGUGUAUCUCGGAGGUUGCCCACAAAAUGGAGGUCGCCUCGGAGCAAGCAUGUAUUGUUUGCACGAUGGAGGUCUGCAAGGAGCAGGAAGGAAGAGAUGAAGACGACAUCCUGGGUGAAGUGUGUCAAGGGGAUACUUAUGAUGAACAAGGCACAUCACAAGAGAAGCUCUCUGAAGGUGUCUGUGAAUUGGAGAUUCCUGAGUAUGGAGCAGCACAAAGGGUGGAGAAUGUCCGGGAAGGCACAGUGGAGAGUUCAGCAGAUCAAGAGGAAAAAGAUGAUGAGACCAACAUGGAUUCUGCCAGCAAAUUAGAAGUUACUGAGAAGCAGAAUAUGAAGGAUGAUGAUGAGUCUGAAAUCAGGAUUUCUGAGACUGUCUCCAAUGUUGAAUGCAAAGGGGAUUUCUUCGAGGAAGAAGUGACCUCCAAAACUGUUUUAGAAUGUGAAGUUUCUGACUCCAGUGCUAUUGGUUCUCCAGAUGUUGAAAUCCUGGCACAACAAACAGAGUGUGGCUUUGAACAGGAUGUGAGAACUGUAGAAGAUGCAUUUGAACAACAUGAUAUCCCUGCAGACAAUACAGUGGAUGGCACAAAAGACAUUCAAAAUGGAUUGACCGCAUGCAAAUCAGAAGAUGCUUCUGAAGAAUCUGGCAUUGCCGGUGAAAGCAGCCAGGGCAGUAACUCCAUAUGUGUUGAUGCUGCUGCUCAAAUAGAACCAGACAUUACAAAGUGCGCGCCAGACUUUUCUUCUGAAGAAUCUAGUAUCGUGGAAGAAAGUUGCCAAAGUGAUAAGGCUGCUUAUGUUAAAGAUGGUGCUCAAAUAGAACCAGAAUUUGCCACAUGCCAGUUGGAAGAUGCUUCCAAAGAAUCUAUUAUCACUGAAGAAACUGUUCGUGAUGAUAACUCUUCAUAUCUCGGUGAGGGUACUCAAAUGCAAUUGGGUAUUGGAGCAAGCGAGUUGGAAGGCACUUCUGAAGAAUCUGGUAUUGCUCAUGAAAUUGGUGAAUAUGGUAGUUCUGCAUAUGCCAGUGAUGAUGCUCAAAGUGAUUCUGGUAUCACCACAUGCGAAUUGGAAGAUGUUUCUGAAGGACCUGUUGCAGUUCAGGAUUAUAGCUGUGCAGAUGUCAGUGGUGGUUCUCAAAAUGAGUCUGAGCUUACCCCAUGUGAUCUAGUAGAUGCUUCUAAAGGAUGUGAUAUUACCCAAGAAGCUAUUCAAGACGAGAACGCUGCAGAUGUCAAUGAUGAUGCCCAGAAGGAAUCAGAAAUUAUAGCAUGUGAAUCAGAACCUGCUCCUGAAGAAUUGGAUAUUACUCAAGAAGGGGAUGAAGGUGAUUACACUGCUGGUGUCUGUGCUGGUGCUUUGAAGGAAUCGGAGAUUAUUACGUGCGAACCAGCAAAUACUUGUGAAGAAGUUUCUAUUAAUGAGAAAGUUGAUCUCUCGUCCAUUGGCCAAAAUAGGGAGCACAACUACGACAUCUCUGCUACUGACGGCCAUGUGGAGCCCCAGAACCUUCCAGCAGAAGACACCGUCGCAAAAGAAUCUUCUGUUGAUGACAUAUGCGUAGCAUUCAGUGGGAUGAACCUCAAAGGAGAUGUAUUCCUUGAUCCUACCGAGUCUGAGAUUUCUCCGAGAAAUAGAUUGAUCAUUGCCAGGAGGAGGAGAACACCUGAAGAGGAUGAAUACAUGCGAGGUUUUAAUCCAAGGGCACCAAAUUUUCUCCCUCUGGAACUGGAUCCGGAUUCAGAGAAGGUUGACCUCAAGCAUCAGACGGCGGAAGACCGUAAGAAUGCUGAAGAGUGGAUGAUCGAUUAUGCUCUUCGGAGGGCAGUGAAUAAUUUAGGCCCUGCUCGAAAGAAGAAAGUGGAGCUUCUUGUCCAGGCGUUUGAGACUGUCCUACCGCAUGAUGAGGAUGAAAAGAAAAGCAUCACACCCACAAGGUCUAUCCAAGCUUGCAACUGAUAAUUCUAGAGUUAGUGGUUGAACUAAUCGUGAUAUUGACGGUUCGCGAGCUACUAACUCGGUGGUCGCUGCAAUAUUAGUGCCAGAGACCUGCUCCAAGCUAAAUGAGAAUAACUACUUACUAGCCACUAGAGAUCGAUCGCUAGAGAUCUCUGGUAAGGUGGAGCUCUGUACUACUACUGCUCCGCAUGAAAAGGAUAACUAAUACUUGCUGAUCAAUGGUAGUUUCCUUUCUGGUUGCUGAGCUGCAAAGGAGUAGCUCAACAACUGAGGUGUGUAUAGAUAUCUCAUGUCCUAAUAAUGUCUUUGGUAUUUCUAACGAUGACUGUGAGACUUGCAAAAAUGUCAAGGGUGCUGAUGUGAGAAUAAAACUCUUCUUGAGUGUAUUGUUAGUUGUGGGUGCU